AUGGCACUGAAGCAUGUGCACAGCCUUCGGAUAGUGCACCGAGACGUCAAGGGGAGCAACAUGUUCAUCACAGGAGCACGCAAUAUUGUGCUUGGGGACUUCGGGGUCAGCAAGCAGCUUACCGAGUCCCAGCAGAAAGCUAUGACUUCGGUCGGCAGCCCAAUGUACAUGGCACCGGAGUGGUGGGAUGGCAGGGGAGGUACAGCUGCCUCGGAUAUGUGGAGUGUCGGUGUGGUGCUCUACGAACUCUUGGCCUUGACCGGGGCUUAG